AUGGCGCCGAAGAAACACAGCUAUGAAUUUGGAGGCCCUCCUGGCGCCUUUGCCAUUGUCUUUGGGCUUCCCGCCCUCUUGUGGACAUUCUUCUUCGUCUGCAAUGAUAAGACCGGGUGCCCUGCCCCGUCCACCUUGAGCCCUCGCACCUUGAGCUUGGAGAAGCUCAAGGUCGAGACUCCGUGGCCCGCCGAUGGUAUCUGGGGCUUCUGUAGCUGGGAAGCUCUCGGCUGGACCAUGGCUUACUACUUUGUCAGCUUGGUUCUUUACCGCGUCCUCCCCGCCCAGGAGCUCCUCGGCACCAAGCUGAUUCAGUCCGGCCGUCCAUUGAAAUACCGCUUCAACUCGUUCAGCGCCACGGUCGUCCAGCUCGCCGCCCUGGCGGUCGGAACCUACCUCCAAGGCGCCGACUUCGUCGUCUGGACCUACAUCUCUGACAACUACCUUCAACUCCUCACCGCCAACAUUAUCCUCGCCUACAUCAUCACCAUCUACGUCUACGUUGCCAGCUUCAGCGUGAAGCCCGGCAACCCAGACCUCCGCGAGCUAGCGGUGGGCGGCAACACCGGCAGCCUCAUCUAUGACAUUUACAUUGGCCGCGAGCUGAACCCCCGCCUCACGCUCCCCAUCUUUGGCGAGAUCGACCUCAAAGCCUGGCUCGAGAUGCGGCCCGGCCUGACGGGCUGGGUCAUCCUCAACCUGGCCUUUUGCGCAAAGCAGUACCGCGCGUACGGCUACCUCUCCGACAGCAUCGUCUUCACGACCGCCGUGCAGGGGUACUACGUCCUCGAAGGCCAGUUCAUGGAGGCCGGCCUCCUGACCAUGAUGGACAUCACCACCGACGGCCUGGGCUUCAUGCUGACCUUUGGCGACAUCGUCUGGGUGCCCUUUCUCUACUCCACCCAGACCCGCUACCUCUCCGUCCACCCCGUCCACCUGGGCUGGGCCGGCGUCGCCAGUGUCUUUGCCGUCUUCGCGACGGGUCUGUACAUUUUCCGCUCCGCCAAUAACCAGAAAAAGGUCUUCCGCACGCAGCCGGACCACCCGAGCGUCAAGGAUAUGCCGUUCAUCCAGACGAAGCGCGGCACCAGACUGCUCACCGGCGGCUGGUGGGGCAGGUCUCGGCACAUCAACUACUUUGGCGACUGGCUCCAGGCCUCCCCGUUCAGCUUGCCGACGGCCGUGGCCGGCUACGAGAUGCUCGCCGCCGGCAGCGCCGUCUCCGGUGCUGUGACGAUGCUUGAUGGGCGUGAGGUUGUUCAGGGCGCGGCGCGCGGCUGGGGCAUGAUCUUUACGUACUUUUACGUGCUGUACUUUGCCAUUCUGCUUAUUCAUCGUGAAGGGCGGGACGACGUCGCGUGCUCGGACAAGUAUGGCGAGGAUUGGGAGGAGUACAAGAAGAUUGUUAGAUGGAGGAUUUUGCCGGGGGUCUACUAG